CGGAAGCUCAGGCCGGCGUUCCCGGCGCGCAGUCGCGGCGGCCUCGCUCCCGCCCCCGCCGGGAGGUCCGACGUGGAAGUUGCUGGCUAACCAGGCUUCCAAGGAAACCCCUUGGGAACCAGAGCCCGAGGCCGAGCCGGAGCCGGAGCGCAGGCCUAGGCGAGGGGAGGUGGCGGCACCGAGGCUCGAUUAGGAGUCGCUGCUGAGGCCGGGCCCAGUCUCCGCCGGUCGACGAGGGAGGACAGGCUGUUCAUCAUGGGUGGCUUUUUCUCAAGCAUUUUUUCCAGUCUGUUUGGAACCCGGGAAAUGAGGAUUUUAAUUUUGGGAUUAGAUGGAGCAGGAAAAACUACAAUUUUGUACAGAUUACAGGUUGGAGAAGUCGUUACUACUAUUCCUACCAUUGGAUUUAAUGUUGAGACGGUAACAUACAAGAACCUAAAAUUCCAAGUCUGGGAUUUAGGAGGACAGACAAGUAUCAGGCCAUACUGGAGAUGUUAUUAUUCAAACACAGAUGCAGUCAUUUAUGUAGUAGACAGUUGUGACCGAGACCGAAUUGGCAUUUCCAAAUCAGAGUUAGUUGCCAUGUUGGAGGAAGAAGAGCUGAGAAAAGCCAUUUUAGUGGUGUUUGCAAAUAAGCAGGACAUGGAACAGGCCAUGACUCCCUCGGAGAUGGCAAAUUCACUUGGGUUACCUGCCUUGAAGGACCGAAAAUGGCAAAUAUUCAAAACUUCAGCAACCAAAGGCACUGGCCUUGAUGAGGCAAUGGAAUGGUUAGUUGAAACAUUAAAGAGCAGACAGUAA